GAUUUUAGUUUCUUUGCUGAAUAUUCCUGCACUCUCAGACCAUUGCACCAUUGUGGUUUAUGUUUUGACUUUUAUUUUAUGAUUUUUCAUUUUUGUUUACGGCAGCAGCAGAUCUGAGCGCGUAGCCGCCGCUGUCCUUGAACGCAGCACCGCCCCGUUUGUCCCAGGGACCCUGAAGGCAUCUCGCAGCGGGCAGAAGCAGGAAGCGGAGACCGAGCAGCAGACGCUUCGAGCGGAGUCACUCCGGCGGGAGAGUCGGUCCUGAAGGCGAAUAGCUGGUCCGGGGAGCGGGACGGGGUCCGCCUGGACGGUCAACAUGUCCCCCCUCUUUCUGCUCGUCCUCUUGGGGACAGCUGUGGCGGUAAACUGCGAUACUCAGAAGCUGACCUACAUCUACACGGCUCUGUCCAAACCGGUGGACCUGCCGGGCAUCCACGAGUUCACGGCCAUGGGUCGACUGAACCACAGGAUGAUCGACUACUUUGACAGCACCAACCAGGAGAAGGUCCCCAGGCAGGACUGGAUGAAGGACAGGCUCCCGGAAGACUACUGGAAGAAGGGGACGCAGUCCAUGAAGGACAAGCAGCAGUGGUUCAAGGACAGAAUCGACGACCUGAUGAAGAGAAUGAACCAGAGUGACGACGACGUCCACGUCCUGCAGUGGUUACAAGGCUGCGAAGGCAAACACCAGGACGACGGCUCGCUGAAGUUCGUCCGCGGCAUGGACAUGUACAACUACGACGGGGACGACUUCCUGUCCUACGACAACGAGCACCAGGUGUGGGUGGCCGCUGUCUCGGCGGCCGAGCCCUUCAAGAGGCAGAGGGACAACGUGCGAGUGCUAGAGUACACCAAGAACUACCUGGAGAGGGAGUGCAUGGACUGGCUGUCCAAGUUCUCUGCGUACGGAGAGAAACAGCUGAGAGACGCCAACCCUCCCGAUGUGUUCAUCUACGCCACCCCGUCCAGGAAGCCGGAGAUCUUGGUUCUGAGGUGCAUGGCCACCGGGUUCUAUUCCAAAGACAUCGUCCUGCAGAUCAGGAGGAACGGACGCGUCCUGGAACCGGCCGACGGCUUGGAGACCACCGGCGUCCGUCCCAACGAAGACGAGACCUUCCAGAGGAGGGACUGGGUGGAGAUUCUAAAGUCCGACCCGUCUAAUUACACCUGUCGAGUCUUCCAUGAAGCAUUGGGUUUCUACAUCGAGGAGUCUUGGGAUCGCACGAUUGACGAGUCGAAUGAAACGCCUGAUGAUUCCUCCACCGGGGUGAUGGUCGGGACCGUGGUCGGGAUCGUGGUCGGGGCUGGGCUCAUCGCUGUUCUUCUGGGGGUUCUUUGCAAGAAAGGAAUUCUAACUCCACCAUGCGGAGGAGAUGAAGGAACCGACUCAGCUGCGAGGAUCCCUCCGGGAAGCGUGGGUCAGCCUCUCAUGAAUGUUUCAGCUGGUGUACCGAAGACUGAGGUCCCCAACGGUCAGUGUUUCCCUCCACUCAGUCACAACAUGAGAUACAGUGUCACUGAACAAGCAGGUCCUAAUGUGUGUGUGUGUGUGUGUGUGUGUGUGUGGUGUGUGUGUGUGUGUGUGUGUGUGUGUGUGUGUGUAGGUACCAAUGGAGCCACUGUGUCCGUCCCUCUGAUGACUGGUUCUCAAGGUUCUGUGGGAGGUGGAUCAGACUCUGGUGUCACCUCCAAUCACUCGAGCAACAGCAGUCGAGACAACGACAACCAAUCAGGGAGGUCCCAGUGACGAGAUGCCGGCCUGCGGGGAACACGGACAGAACCGAAGAACCUCCAGAAGAAACCCUGACCCUGCAGCUCGUGUGUGUAGGGAAAAAAAAUGUUCUUGAGAAGGUGGUUUUUUUUCAUAAUAUUUGUAUUUGUUCAAAACAUUUCAAACUGCAGUGCAAAAAUAUGUAGAACGUUACUUUUUAAUGUAAACAACAAAUGUGCAUGACAGACUUUACAAAGUUCUGACUGCAGCAGAUAUCUUGUCAUCUUCUGCUUCCCGAAAAAAUAAGCGGAGGGAGGAGGCACCUGCAGCCCGUCCGUUUCAUUGGUGCUUCUGUGUGCUCGCAAAUGACAACAUCGACAAAGUGCAGCACGCAUGUAAAUCACCUUAGCUGCUCUUGCUGAUGAAUGCUGCUCUUUUCACCGCUCUGAGUUGAAUGACGUCUUUUCGCCAUGUUGACGUUGGAGAUGCUGCAGCCAGCACACGGAACAGAGGCGGCUUGUUUACAUUUUUUCAACCAAUGAGAAACCAGAGAAUUGAGUGACACAGCUGUUAGCCAAUCAUUUUAACCGUGUUUCUUUUUUUUUUAACCAAAAGUCUUACACCAUUGGACGAUAGGGUGUGUUGCAUUCAGGUGCAACUCUAAAAAGGAGGACAAAUGAGUGUCCAGCUUGAGGCUGCACCAGACAAGGCGUUUAAAAUCUGGACUGUCCGGCCUAAAUCCCGACGUAUGGCCACCCUGUCCUCCACCUGUCAGUCAGACCAGCCCCGUCUUCUCAGCUCUGCUGACCUGUGGUUAAAACGACCUGGUCUGGACUCUCUAAACCCUGAUCUGGACUCUGAAACCACCUGGUCUGGAGCUGUUUGAUGUGUUUUCCGAUAGCAGAAGGUGUUUGUGUUUUUAUCCAUCCAUCCAUCCAUUUUCUACCGCUUAUCCGGGGCCGGGUCGCGGGGGCAGCAGUCUCAGCAGGGAUGCCCAGACUUC